UUUAAAAAAGCGUCUAAUUGAUUGGUUUUCAUCGACACGCGAAGGCAGAGCUCUUGAUCAAUUUGUGAUGCUGGUGGGAGCUGGGAUGAAAAUAACACACCUAUCGAUAGUGCCUGUUGACCUACAAGGGAGGAGCAAGAAGUGAGGAGGAAUUCCUGCACUUUGCCACAGUCCAAGUCUCAUGGCGUCAGUGAUUGAUUGCUGGCAUGUUGACAAAGCCCACUGACAUGAAGAAAAGACUGAAUCCUCUCUUCAUUCCCUCCCCUCUCCCACCAUUCUGACAUUGAUACCACUUUCCAACCUUUUCUUUUACUCGUAAUGACUAUCCUUCCUGAAAACAUUUUCCCUCUGGAAAGCAGCAUCUCCAGUUCCCAAAAAUUGGAUUACUGUGAAUGUUCUCUUGAUUCCAUUAUUUGCGUCUAACCUAUUGGAGGGAUGGAGGAACUAAUUCUAACUCGGGACAGUCCAAAUGACCCUUGGGGUUUCCGCCUCACCGGUGGAAAAAAUUUUGGCACACCUCUCACAGUAGUUAAGGUGACUGGUGGUGGCAUCGCAGAGUCUGCUGGAGUCCAAGUUGGAGACAUGGUCAUGGGAAUCAACAACGAAGAGACAGCCUCAUUCUCCCACUCAGAUGCCCAGAAAGCCAUCAUUAAUGCUGGGGAUCAUCUAAUCCUAACGAUAUUGAGGGGAAGUCCUGUGGAAUUACCCGUAACUCCUUUACGAUGCAGGACGCCUGUUUCCAGGCCAGAUUCUACAAUAACGGUAACUCUGGAUCAUGUAGAGAACCUGCUUGAUCCAAACAUUGUUCCUAGCGAUGCAGACGUUGUCAUAGUCAAAAACUCCGUUGCGAAUCGAGAUGCUCCUGUUGAUAUUCCCUACCCCGAAGCUCCAAAGCAAACCACCGAACCUUCCGAAGAAGAAAUCGCUGAGUUGAUGUUGGAAAAUGCUGAAGUUAUUGAUGAUUAUAAUGUCAUAGGGGUCAAUUUUCAGCGUUUUGUUCCGAAGUGUGAUUUCAUCAAGAAUUCCUUAGUUUUUCAGGCUCUUCAAGAUGAAGCAAUCCGUAAAGAGAAGUCUGAAGAAGAAAUAUUGAGCAAAUGUCCAGACAAACGAUUCUCAACCUUUCUUGUUCAGCCUAAUCGACCAAAACCUGUUGUCAAAAUUCUAUUAAAAGAUGACAAAAAAGACAAUUCCAAGAAUAAAGGUAGCAUCGAAAAAGAGGAGCUCGUUAAUGAAAAAGAUUCGAAUGAAGAAAAGCAAUUAGAAGAGGAAAAUGGCAAUAAGACUGAUUCGCAGCCGAUUGGAGAACCUGAAAAAGCCUCUGAAACUGAGGUGUCACAAACCUCCGGGGAUUUACAUGAACUUAAUGCUAAUGAAGAGAUUCUUGACAAAGACUCUACACAAGUCACGGAGGAAUUAGUCUCUGCGUUGGAGAACAUAAUAGAUGGGAACGUCAAAGAUGAGGACUCAGAUACCGCUCAAGAAAAGGAGAGAGAAAAGGAGAUAGCCGAAAAGCAAGCUCAAUUAAGUAACGCCACUUCAGAGUUAUCAGAAUUCGACAAGCAGCUGGCGCAAAUUCAAAAACAGUUGGCUAGCAUCUCAAUUCUGCCCUCAGAAAUCCAGUCUCAUUUGAACCAAGUUCAGAAGCAAAUUAACAAAUUGCUGGAACUUAAAAAUAAAACUGCUGAACAAAAUGUGAAUACACAAUCAGAACCUGUACCCAGCAAAGAGAUUGACAACUCAGAGCCCGAGCAAGAAAAUUCUGCAGAAGCAGCAGAGACUUACUCUAACAAUAACUUUGAGUCGGAAGAUUUAAAUCCAGCUAAUGAAGAUGCGUCAAGUGAUAUUCAGCCACCGCAGUAUAGUCAACCAUCGGAAGAUGAGAUCAGUGAACAAGAGGAGGAGCCGGUAAGACGAAAAAAAUGGUCCAUACCCCGAGAAAAGCCUUCAUUCCCAUUAACCCCUUGUCUGAGACCAGUUGUGCUCCCUGGUGGACGCAAGUGGAGGUCACCCAAAGAUGCAUAUUCGGAAGCAUUUAUCACUGAAACACUUGUUUCUCAGGCUGAAGUUUUAGUUGGAACAACAAUAGGAGUCAAUUUUCGAAAAUAUGAGCCAGCUAAGGUUGACAUGUCACACUCCCCCACCUGGCGACUUAUUCAUAAUGUAGAGGAACCGACAGGGGGAAUAGCAAAUAGACCAGAGAGGAUCCCUGCUGAUUGCGAAUACAUGGAACCAAUUCAUGCGAGACAUUUUUACGUCGCAAACCUGACGAUAAAUCCAGACGUAACAUCAUCUCUGGUCAACCAGCCUGAGCCUACUGAAGCUAAUGCUUGCACUUAAUUCCAGCAGAGAAAAAGUAUUAAGACUGUCAAUAUGUAAAUAUUAGAUAAAA